AGGGUGAGAUUAUUGAAGCAAAACAGCCAGUUCUACAUUUGUUGCGACCUAACUUCCUCUCUCUACCUUCAAACUUUCCGACGUAAGAAACAACACGACAAAACCAUCUCGUUGCUGCUAGCUGCUUACUUUUACUUCUUCCACCUGUAUAUAAAUAUAUUUGCACGUAAGGCUCUUCAUCCAACCCAUCCUUCUCUUUCUCUCUUUUUCUCGGAAACGUUACUAACUGCGAUGGCAAAGAAUGUGGGGAUUCUCGCUAUUGACAUCUAUUUCCCUCCUACUUGUAUUCAACAGGAAGUGCUGGAGACUCAUGAUGGUGCCAGUAAAGGGAAAUACACUAUUGGACUUGGUCAAGAUUGCAUGGCGUUUUGUACAGAAGUAGAAGAUGUCAUUUCGAUGAGGUUUCUGCUUUGGAUUUUAGGUCUCGUUGCUCAGAUUUCUGUAAAUGGUGAAGUGAAUGGAAGAUUAAACCUUAAAAUCAAGUGUUCUAAUGCUGGAUUGGAGGUGUUUCGUAGUCAAGAAAAAUUGGAAAUGACUGAUAAUCGAGGGAUGUUGAUUCAACAAAUGCAUGCUAUGGAGGAACUGCUGCUUUGUUCAAUUGUGCCAAUUGGGUGGAGAGCAACUCAUGGGAUGGGCGAUAUGGACUUGUUGUUUGCACAAGACAGCGCUGUAAAAGAUCACUUCCACAGUCAUGUCUCAACUCAAGCAUCUGUCAAUGAUGAGUUCCUUUCUCAGGUAUAUUCUGAAGGACCUGCUCGGCCUACUGGUGGAGCUGCCGCUAUUGCCAUGCUAAUUGGUCCCGAUGCUCCCAUUGCUUUUGAAAGCAAAUAUGAGAGGAAAGAACUUAACUUAGGACUAAGGGAUUUAAUGUUUGAAAGCUUACUUCCAUUUUCCCCACCAGUUGUUGAUGGAAAGCUUUCUCAAACUUGUUACCUUAUGGCCCUUGAUUCUUGCUAUAAUAUCUUAAGUCACAAAUAUGAGAAACUAGUGGGAAAACAAUUUUCUAUUUCUGAUGCUGAAUACUUUGUAUUUCAUUCUCCAUAUAACAAGCUUGUUCAGAAAAGUUUUGCUCGUUUGGUGUUCAAUGACUUUUUGAAAAAUCCCAGUUCUGUGGAUGCGAUUGCCAAAGAAAAGCUGCAACCUUUUGCAACAUUAUCUGUUGAUGAGAGCUAUCAAAGUCGGGAUCUAGAAAAGGCAUCCCAGCAAGUGGCAAAGCCGCAAUUUGAUGCAAAGGUGCAACCAACCACCUUGAUACCAAAACAAGUUGGCAACAUGUAUACCGCGUCACUUUAUGCAGCUUUUAUUUCACUUAUUCACAACAAGCAUAGCACAUUGGACAAUAAGAGGGUGAUACUGUUCUCAUAUGGAAGUGGCUUAACUUCCACAAUGUUCUCCUUGCAACUACGUGAAGGUCAAUCUCCAUUUAGCUUGUCAAAUAUUGUCAAAGUGAUGGAUGUUGCUGGAAAAUUGAAGUCAAGGCAUGAGUUUUCGCCAGAGAAAUUUGUUGAAACCAUGAAGUUAAUGGAAUGUAGGUAUGGUGCGAAGGAGUUUGUAACAAGCAAGGACACUAGCCUUUUAUCUCCAGGCACAUUCUAUCUCAGUGAAGUUGACUCCAUGUAUAGGAGAUUCUAUGCUAAGAAAAGUAGUGAAAAUGAUUUGAUCACCAAUGGUCACUGAUGUUUACUUAGAGGAUGUGUAAUACCUAGAAGCCACAAAGACAACUUUGUCUAGCAUUUAGAGAUUAUUAUUGAUUACAUUAGGCUUUUUGAGAAGCAUUAAUUAUGACUAGGGUAGCAGUAUAUUGAUUGUCAAAGUAUGUUACUUUAAAUAAGAGGUAUAAUAUAUUUAAAUUACUUUU